CCUUCAUGGAAAGAGCCUUGUAAUAUGAUUAUGAAGUUUCUGUUUGAAGAAGUUUCUUCUGGAAUAAAAAUGGAUUUUAUAUGGCAGAAUCAAGAUAAUUGGUUUGAUAUAUAAAAAAGUGGUGCAUAUUUUAAAUAAAUAACCAUGACAACUUCCCAUAUGAAUGGGCAUGUUACAGAUGAAUCAGACAUUGAAGUAAAAAAUGUUGAUCUGACAUCUCCAGAAGAACCUCAGAGACACCGAGAGAUGGCGGUUGAUUGCCCUGGAGAUCUGGGAACUAGAAUGAUGCCAGUGCGUCGAAGUACACAACUAGAACGAAUUCGCCAACAACAGGAGGACAUGAGGCGUAGGAGAGAAGAAGAAGGAAGAAAACAAGAACUAGACCUUAAUUCAUCCAUGAGACUUAAGAAACUAGCACAAAUUCCUCCUAAAAUUGGUAUAGAUAAUCCUAUUUUUGAUACUGAAGAAGGAGUUGCCUUGGAGAGUCCUCAUUAUGCUGUGAAGAUACUAGAAGUAGAAGACCUGUUCUCUUCACUCAAGCAUAUUCAGCAUACUUUGGUAGACUCCCAGAGCCAGGAUGACAUUGCUUUGCUUUUACAACUUGUACAAAAUACUGAUUUCCAGAAUGCAUUUAAGAUACACAAUGCUGUCACAGUGCAUAUGAGUAAGGCCAGCCCUCCAUUUCCUCUUCUCUCCAAUGCACAAGACCUUGCACAGGAGACCAUUCAACAUCAAAAUGAAUAUGUCUAUGCCACAAACACUACAACCCAAGAGGCCAAAGAUGCUCAGUUCUGUGAAGAUCCGUAUCUUCUAGAAAUAGCAGGCAUGCUUGGGACUUUCAGAAGCAGCAGGGAUGCAGAUGUUCUGGGCUUGUGUGCUGAGGUCAGGGCCACCACCACCUCCUUUUCCUCCACAGCCCAAGGCUCAGUUUCUACAGGGAGGAGGCUAGAGGGGGGCAAUGCAAGAGCUGAAGUAGUAGUGACAGGACAUUUGACUAUUGGUAACAUCAGCAGUGGCCUCUUGAGGGAGAGGUAUCGCUCCAUUCUCCAGUUAGUUAAACCAUGGUAUGAUGAAGUAAAAGACUAUGCUUUUCCAUAUCCUCAAGACUGCAACCCCAGAUGUCCUAUGAGAUGCUAUGGACCAAUGUGUACUCACUAUACACAGAUGGUCUGGGCUACUUCUAAUCGGAUCGGCUGUGCAAUCCAUACCUGUCAGAACAUGAAUGUUUGGGGAGCUGUGUGGCGACGAGCAAUUUACUUAGUAUGCAACUAUGCCCCCAAGGGAAACUGGAUUGGAGAAGCACCAUACAAAGUGGGAGUGCCAUGCUCAGCUUGCCCUCCUACUUAUGGAGGAUCUUGUACUGACAACCUUUGUUUUCCAGGAGUAACAUCAAAUUAUUUAUAUUGGUUUAAGUAA